CUAGGAUAUCGCUUGUAUAACAUGAAUAACGAUACGGUGGCAGUCGCUUCAUUGCUGAGCAAAUCGAAUCCUGUUUUUUGUUGCUAUAUGUUCUGGAGCAGUUUGUUGAUAUUGAAAAUGUUGCUAAUGUCCUUGCUGACGGCUCGUCAACGGAUGAAAACCAAAACGGUUGCCAAUCCCGAGGAUUUACGCAUGAUGCGCACCACCGAGGUGCGAUUCCAUGAUCAAAAUGUGGAGCGCGUUAGACGCGCCCAUCGCAACGAUCUGGAGAACAUAUUGCCCUUCAUGCUGGUAUCUCUGGCUUAUGUGGCAUGCGGACCUCACGCAUUGACUGCCUCGUUGCUGAUACGCAUUGGGGCUGCGGCAAGGCUGUUGCAUACUAUAGUCUAUGCUGUGAUUCCGUUGCCGCAGCCAAUCCGUGCCAUCUGCUUCUUUAUCAACUUUGGCAUUGUGAUCUUUGAGGCGAUCUAUGUGAUGAUUUGCGUUGCCAAGUACAUCUAGAGAAGAAAGAAGCAAAAUGCAAAAC